AUGGCCUCAUUGGCCGGCCCGAAUCCAUGCAAUGGCGAAACAGCUGAGCAGAUAAAGCACGCCCUCGAGUUGAAGGCCAGCAAGCAGGAUCACAGCCAGGAUCAAGAGUGUGAGGUUGAUGCAAGUUUGGGCUGCACGGACCUCUACUGCCUCAUCACAAGCUAUAUUUGGUUGGCCAUCAAGGGUUUGUUGUUUGCUCUGCCUCUGCUUGUGGCAUCCUUCCCUGUUGUGGUGGUAACCAAAUGCUUCGGCAGUUCGCUGCCUCCCAAAACCGAGUCUCUGACCAGCCGAAGAAGUCUCUCAGUGUUGUGUUUGCCUUUCCUUGUUGUAUACAUCCUGUUGGCGCUGAUCGUGUAUCUUUCCGAUUGCACCAUGUACUACAUCUUCGGUCUACCAUGGUUUCUCGGCAGGUCGCUAACGUGCCAGGUCAGGUACCAGGCCAGCUGGGAGGUGAUUCGUCCUCACCACAGCGGUCCCUUCGUGUUGUUCCACUUGACCGACGCGCUUGUGGCCCUUGUUGGCCAAGUGCAGAGGCAUGGGGUGCUGGAAGCAACAGGACAGCUUGCAUUCAUGAUUAUCAUAGUUCCUUGGUGCAAGUACUACAUCAACACCAACCCCUUGCUGUACAACUUGGAGGAGCGCUUCGUGCAGCAGAUCUCCACGAGUCUGCAAGAUCUCCCCAUCGACAGGGUCACCCUAGCUUCCCGACAACUCAUAUCCCGAUGUCGCCAAGCCGAUGACCUUCAGAAUCGUGUGGACCAAUGGCCAUUCGUGCCUCACUACCCGUACCCACCCCCGGGACGCCACUACGCCUUGGGGAUGCAGGCGGGGGCAGGCGGUAAGCCUUAUGGAUUCUACCUCCUUGUGCACACCACGCAUGCCUUGGAGUUGGGUACCACGGAGUUACGUGACCGGAACUAUCUGACGGUGUCCAACAGUGCACAGCUCCCGGUGUAUCGAGUCAUGCUGUGGUAUAACAAUCCCUACCACCUUUACACCGGAUAUGUGGAGGCUUCCAUCUCCUCUGGAGAACCAUCUCAGCCUGAGAAGAGACAUGGCGGAGAACAUCCCAUGUGGCUUGUCGUCCCUCGCUCCCCCUUGCAACUUGACCGUGCUGCAAGCUUCGGAGUGUCCAUGAUUGAUGCUUUCUUCGACCGAUGGCUUCCCUUUUACGUGGAUGAGAUGCGCCGUCUUCUUGUCGGCGACGAGUACGCCAAGAAGAUGUCGGAGGGUGUUGUUUCCAAGCAUGGAAUCAGCCGCCCCGCCGGCGGAAAAGAGGUGGUGCACCUCUCCGCAACCCUCAAGGACCCCUGA